UUCAGUUAUACACAGGCAGCCACAAGCAGGACACGCACUCGCUUUAUCUUCAUAUAUUGUGAUUGUUGUUUAACUGUGGGUUUAUCAACAUUUUCACUGGAUUCGUACAACACAAUGUCUCGUGGUAGAGAACGUGACCGCCGUCGCUCACGUAGCCGCAGUAGGAGCAGGAGUAGGAGCAGGGGGCGUAGUGCUUUUUCAGGCCGAAGAGAUGGAGGUGUAUCAGAUGUGACUUCAGAUCCAAAAACAGUUAAUGCAAGAAUCUUUGUUGGACGCAUCAAUGUUUCCAUGACUAGAGAAAUGUUAGAUGAACAUUUUUCACAGUACGGCAAAGUGGUUGGAGUGUCAAUCACUAGAAACAAAUUUGGGUUUGUGCAAUUUGCAGACGAAGAAACUGCUACAGCUUGCCUUAAUGCUGGCAACUUAGCUUAUAUUAAGGGACACAGAGUAGAUGUAAAACCUGCCAAAUUUGGGGCUACAGUGGGUAUGGGUCCUGUUCCGGGUUCAAGACGACGGCAUAAUAACAGCAGAGAAAAAUCCCCUCUUCAUGGACGAUUAGAAGACGACUAUUAUAAUGAUUACUAUGCGCGAAGCAGUCGUGAUGCAAGUAGAGAUCGUGAACGCGAUCGUGAUCGUGACACUCGAAGUCGUGGUCACUAUGAUGACGUGUUUGAUGAUUAUUACCGAGCUUAUUACCAGCGAUACGACAAUUCCUAUCCACGCCAUGACGGUCCAGAUGUAGAUGGACGGGCUCAUCCAACCGGAGAGUAUCCUAACUACUCAGAACCAGUUGAUCCACUUGAUCCUAACAGACCUAAUGAUGUGGAAAUUGUUGUCCCAAAUAAAAUGCAGAGAGAUUAUGCAGAGAACAUUGAAGCACAAUUAAAGUCUUUCAAUAUGAUUGUGGACCUGUUGUUCCCACCCCCGGACAUUCCUCCAUCACAGGUGUUGACAGACCUCAGCCAGCGGAGAUGUCUCUAUGCCAUCUUUGUUACAGGAGAUAAUGAGAACCAUCGCUCUCUGACGCUGAACAUUCUUCAUGGCACUCCACAAGAACACCGCAACAUGCCGGUUGAUGAUGCUUUGCGUUUAAUUGAACAAAAUUUUGGAGACUAUGUCAAGAAAGCUCGUCAACGGAAUAUUCGUGAGGUUGUACCUCGAGACAUUCGCAAUUUGCUGCAUGAUUUACUCGAGAUGCGUCCUCUCUCCAUGGGUGACUUGGACAAGUUGAUCAAGUACCUGAAGGAACGUCAAAGUGUGCUGGUGGAUGAUCAAAUUGAGCAGAAGCGUGAGACUGCUGCAGGAGCCAGUGCAAGUCGACCCAUGGCAGUUACAUACCCUGGGUAUAAUUACGGUUCCAACACUGUUGUGAGGUCUGACACACCUGUGAACCAGAGUACUUCAGCAGCAGGCACAGCCAAUGCUGCUGCUGCUGCUGCUGUUGCUGCAGCAGCUGCUGCAGCAGUUGCUGCUGCUGCUACCUCUAGCACUGUCAGUGUGGCUUCCCCAACAGCAGCUGCUGUUUCAGGCAGUGCCUACCCAGGUUAUGGUGGCAUAUCAGGUGUACAUAGUGGGAUGUAUAGUACAUAUGGCAUGUCCUCACAUGUGUCACCUGCUCCAGUAGCUGCUCCUAUGAUGACACAUGGAGCUGUAGGGAGUUCAGGAAGUAAGCAGUCAGAAUUGCAGGAGAGGAUCCUUAAUUUGAUGAAGGGUCAUAGCUCUAGUGGUGUGCCAACUGGUGUACCAGCCCCAACAGGUGUACCUGCACCUACAGGGGUGCCACACCCUAGCAUGGUGCCACCUGUUUGGCCUACUGGCUUGUCCAGUAAUUCCAGCAAGGCUGCUCCUACAACUAUAAAACCAUCGCAAUCUGCCUCACAGAGUCAGAAUUCGCUUUUUGCUGCUUACAAUCCAUGGAGUCAGUGAGUUUGUUGAGAGCUGCGAUGUUUGCUUGAAAAAGUUUUUCUGGUUUUUCAUUUGUCUCUGUUUAUAACAGUGGACUGAAUCAUUUUUUACCCUUUGUUAGUAGCAAUAGUUUUUGCUACAUAAAAUGUUAAAUACAAGAAUCAUUAUAUAAAUAGUGUGUUUAGGAAAAGUUUUAUUAAGUUUUAUAAUUUGGCUAAAUUCUGUGCUUUAUUUUGGUAUUCAUGGCAUUAUCUACAGUAGUAUAUGAAGGUUUGAAUUUGCAAAUUAUUUAUUUAAAAGUAAUUAUUAAAUGACUUGUAUUCAUGUAUAUGAAAAGUGAAGACAUUAUAUUAGAUAGUUGCUAAUGGUAAGACAUUGUAUGCUGCCCCAAGAAAAGAAUUGAUCAAACAUGAUUCCACGAAUCGUCAACUCGUGUUAGAAACACGUUAAAGAAAGCUGCUAAAUAUUAGGCAGUUGUUUAACAGGCCAGAUUUUUUAACUAGGGGGUUUAAAUAGAGCAUACUAAAGGGCAUUAAUAUUCAUCUUUUAAUUGGAUGAAUGGUAUCUUUGUUCCUCAGAUAUUGUUUUUAAUAAUUUGCAUUCUAAGAUUGAUAGUUUUAAAAUCUGUGGUACUAAUUCCUGCCACAUUUAAUAUAAUUGUACUAGACAUCAGCAUGAAGACUAAAGAUGAUGUAGGAUGGAAGAUUUACCAGCUGAAUUACUGUUCAGGCGUUCGAUUAUUUGGAUACACUAAAAUGUAUGAAGAAUUUAUUUGAAAAUUUUACACAGUACAGUACUUUAAAUUUUCAUGAAUUUGAAUAGAUUGUUUAUACAGUAUAUACAGAUACUAUAUAUUUAUUGGAUAGCAAUACAAUUAACAAAAGAUGCAUUUGGGGAUAGUCUUGUGGUUUUAAGAACCAUGUCUGUAAAUAAAAGAAACAAAAAAAAUUGUGUGUGUGAAAAUUGGAUAUAUUUUCACAUCUGUUUCUUGAUGCAAAAGACAUUUUUUAAAAUUUUGCUGCUGCUGUUUUUCAUCUGGCAAUUUAACUGGGCCAGCUAGUUCAAACGUUUCGUGCGCAGGUAUUCGCGAAUUUUUCUCUUAUUUCUCCGAGAGUCAGUUUCAGCAUAGCGUUAGCUGUGCAGUAUUUCACGAAAUGCUUGCGGUUUCCACGUUUUAGAACGUUUACAACUUUGCGUUUUGAGGUUUUUCUGAGUUGAAGAGCUUCCCAUGCAUUUAAUUAGACCCUUUUAUUUACAGCCCUAACUACUGAUCCCCAGCAGACUCACCAAAAGAAGUUUCCAACAUUUCAACAAUUUAAAAGUGUGGAAUUUCUUUUACUAGUAGGCAGUGCUGUGAUUUUGCAGCAUUGCAUACUUUUGACUUCCAAGGAAAGGUCUGAAAACUGACCACGUUACAGUUUAUUUGUGCUAAGUGUGAGAAUUUCACAUUUAACAUAUGAAAACUGCGGUAAUAUUAUUUAAUAUGAAGACAUACGAUUUAAUUUAAAAACUUGCGUUAUUUAAUGUUUGAUAUUUGCAGCGACAUUUCCUUUUAGUGCAUUUGUCUGCUGUAUUGAAUAUUGCACAAAAUUUAGAGCAUGGGAAUUACUACAGAUAAUACCUGUGUAUGCAGGAAUUUGUUGCUCCUCUUGAAAAAACAAAUAAAACCUCUUUAUUUCAGGAUAACUGUAUUUUAUAUCAUGUUUUUUUAUACUGAAGUCUCUGGUAAGUAUUUAGAUGGAUGAAAAGGUAGAAAUAUUUUCACUGUACUGCGAAUUUUACAAUAUAUUUUAUUUACAUUUUGCGUCUUCGAUCCAAGAAUUGUCGGGUAUUUUGAACCGUGACGUGUACGUUAGAUUAACAUACCCGCUCUUUCCGUGCUCUUUUCUUGUGCCUAUUUAGCACUGUCAUUGGGUUUACCAAUGCUUACGCCGCGAGUAUUUUCACUUCAACAUUUUGGUAUCCGUAAUUGGACAUCUGUAGACAAUUUUUAAACAUGUGUAUCGGUUAUGUCUUGCCAGAGGUUUGCAGCCAUGUAAUAUAAGCUUGAAAUGUUAUAUGAUAUUCUGUAUUAAUAGAAGACUUGGAAAGGAAACAUCAUCUGCUAGCAAGUCCUUGAUUAAGAGGUAGGUAGUUGGUAUAUCUGCCUAUCUAGAAUGAUGGAUAGGUGGUAUAUCUGCCUAUCUAGAAUGAUGGGUAGGUGGUAUAUCUGCCUAUCUAGAAUGAUGGAUAGUUGGUAUAUCUGCCUAUCAUCUAGACUGAUGGGUAGUUGGUAACUCUGCCUAUGAUCUAGAAUAAUGGGUAGUUGAUAUACCUACCUAUCAUCUGGAAUGAUGGUAGUUGGUAUAUCUGCCUAUCAUCUAGAAUGAUGGGUAGUUGGUAUAUAUAUACACCUAUCAUCUGGAAUGAUGGGUAGUUGGUGUCACUGUGUAAUUGGGAUUGACUGACUGUGCAGUCACACCAACUUUCUAGAUAUCUGGCUAACAUCAAUCUCAUAGUAAUGGUCAAGGUUAUCCUUUCCUAAAUAAAGAUUAGCUGCAGUGUA